AUGAACUACAGCUACUGCCCUGAUACAGAAGAAGAAGGAGGAAUGUCCAGUAACUUUGAGGACACGCCAAGAAAAGUAGAUUCCUCCACGGCAAUUCCUGCAGCUGAAAACGUGGUCGAAAGGUGACAAAUUAUACUUUCUUUUGUUAUUUACAUUUUCCAUUAUUCGUUUGCAAAGUAAUUCUCAUCUGUACGAUAGAAUGCAUUUCUCUUACGUGAGAGUUGUGAUUGCUUUGACUUAGCAUACACAACUAAAAGAUGAGACCGAUGCUAAGUUUUACAGUUUUUCAAGUAAAAUACCAGCAUUGCCACAAUUAUACGUUUCUUUUCUGUGUGAGAUAGUACGAGAUACCUUUUCUUCUAUGCAAUAUUCGUAUACCACAAAAUUUUGAGCCAUAGAAAGUUUUCAUCAUAAUUAUGAUACAAAGAAAACUGUAGUCCUGCAAUGAAUAGCACGUAAGGCUUUGCUCUAUGUCAAAAUAGUUAUAAUUUUUGUUGAUAUCUUUUAUCCCUUCAUUUGUGUGUGAGAUAUUGCUAAUUUUGUUCCUGUAUUUUUGUGCUAAUGUUUUCCAUUCCCUCUUUCAAAGAACAUGAUCCCAUGAUUUGUAGGAUGUUUUUUACUCGUUAUUUUAUUUAGAAUAAAUUUGCAAAGUCAAGAGGGCAUUGAACUGCCCAGGGCAGUCUUUUGGACCAGUUAAACUCUACACGUCGCUGUGCAACUCCGCUGCCUUGUUCCAGUGAUUUUAUUACCUCUGCAAAAUGUGUCCCUGAUGGAUGAAAAUCCCCAAUGAAGCAAAAUUUUCGUAUGUCUCCUGUACGAGGCAAAGAUCAAAUGAUUGACCUGAUUUGUGUUUGUUGGAUGUCUUGUUAGGGGGAUUUCUGGGCUGUUCUUGUGUCUCAUGUUAAAUGAGGCUUGUUUCUUUUAGUCUUUGACGUGCUUUACAAAAGGAGGAGUUUUAUUUUAUUUCGGUGAACUGUAAUACAGAGGAGCUCAUAACUUUAUCAAAAGACGAGUUCCAUCACUCACCAUAUCUAUUUGUUAAAAUCCACUGUUGUUCUAAGUCAUACACUACAGACAAACUUGAAACAUUCAAAAUAGUCUUUCAAUAAAGAGUAAUGGCCAAUUUUCUUUUCAACAGGCUUAUUGGUACCAGUUUCCACAGUAAACAAAGGUCUGGGAGGGGCCAUAAAGGUCAUGCUCGCAUGCACUGGCUGUGGGCAAAGAAUACAUUAUGUAAGCAGCAUGGUUUGCCUCACUGGAACGAAGAAGAACCUGUGUAUCGCUUGCCUUAGGUCUGUGCUUCCUCAUCUGGGGGCAUGGUUACCCUUCUGAUCACAAAAUUCUCAAGUUAGGUUGGGGAAUUCACACCCUUUCUCAUGUUAGUUUUUAUAAUAUAGUUAAAUUGGCUCAUCCGUGUGUGAAACCUGUGUUGGAUGGGAUUUGUUCAAUGGGCAAAAGUGAAAUGAAAGACAAACCCCACUCAGAGCUUGGCAGCUGGAAGAAAGCUGUGACCACUUCUAAUGGCUGCUGGCUUAUUAGAGGACAUCAUGGCCAAUGUUGUACUUUUGUCAUUAUUAAUUUCUUAACUGGGUCUACGUUAUAUUAUGGUCAUUCUGUUAUAAGGGGUUCAAACAACAUAUGUGAUUCAGAUCUCUGGGAGGGUACUUCAAAGGCAGCCGAGGGUCAUCUAGCUGAGGUCUGUUUCACUAAAGCAAAAGAGGAGGGCAUGGUGGUUGCCAUUAAUUGGCAAGAUGCUGACUCCUCAUCAGCAAAAUCAUUUCGCUAUGUGUUCCCUGAUAACUCUCUUAGCCGUGUCAUGCUUUGUGGAGGUCAUGUAGGUCGUGCACAUGGCAACAACCUUUAAGGAAUAUAAGGGGAAAAAGUCUGUGGAUUUGUCUUUUGUGGCCACUCACUAGAAGGAUUGUCCUGAGCUAGGAAAAGCAAAAUGUAAGUGUGCUGGCAAGGGAGCCCACUCGAAAACGUGUGGUUGUAUGUCAGAUGAAUUUCUGGCUAGAGCUAAAAGCAACCACUUUUCAGCACUGAAACAGGCUGGGAAUGACCCAGAGGAAUAUGUCAAUCGUCUGCGUAUUCUGGGAAAAUAUCAUUCCCAUGACGUUCAUGAGUGGAUUGGAGAUCAUGGCAAAACACACAGAUGUCCUUGGCACCCCCGACAUGUUUGCUCUUGUGGCAAAUGUGACAAACAGGAUAGUGUAGACAGUGCAGAUAGUGAAACAGGAAGGCAGGUAGAUCGGGAGGAGGGUAGGGAAGAUAGUGAAGAGGGCAGCAUCAAAGGUAGCGAGGAUAGUAAAGAUAGUGAAGACAGUGAUGGGGAAUACAAUACUAAUUACAGUUGUGAGGGUAAGCCCUAUAAGGUCAGGGCGAGGCCACUUACAUGUGAACUCCACAGCCUUCUUUACGAGAUUGAGUGCAAUCGGAUUGCAGAGAAGGCAACGGAGGUCAUACAUUCAGUAAUGGGUAAGGGCCAUUCCAAUUUACCCGAGAGUAAAUUUAGUGUCCUCACAAAGUUCAGACCUAAGGACACGAACCUCCACCAAAUUCAUUAUGAAGUAUCAACAAAUAUGGGCCUUUGUCAGAGUAACAUGACGUACCUUUUAUAGCGCAAAGGCACUACUUAACACUGGGUUUUGGAGUUACAGACAAGGCCAAGCAGAAGAGAGUGGCCUUUAAGCAAAAGCGUCAGCAAGAACAAAAGAAGAGGUACAGUACUUGAUUGAGUUGCUAGGCUAUCAUGUUCAUUAUAGUGUCAAUGAAAAUGGUUCAUUUUUUGCGCCAGCUACGCUUUGGCUUAGUUUUGUUCAUUUGGCUGUGGAUUAUACACUGCUCAAUAACAUUAUCGAUAAUGAUAUAGCUGUAAGAUGUAGAACAUUAAUGUUUUAAUCAUCCCUGUCACUUGAAAUCCGGAGUACCCCCUUCCUCCCACCCUGGGGGUCAGUUGUUGUAAUUUUCCUAAACAAUACUUUUUUUCCUUACAAAUACUUUGAUUCUUUUUCUCUCUUUUUUGUUGUUGUCUUUUAUCAGGCGUCAAUUUACUAAGCGUCAAAGAAUUGUCCACACCUAUGGAAAUGAGGAUGAUGAGGAUGAUCUGGAUGAAGAUGUGGCCUUGGCAAUGGUAUUACAGAACACUGCUGGAACUGAAGUCAAUGCGUCAGCUGGACCAUCUAGGGCCAAUUCCAAAACGUGCGUGUGUGGAGGAACUGAACAUCUUCGUAGAUCAAGCAUGUUGUGACCAUUAAAUAAGAGGCAUUCAAAGUGACACUUUAAUUAUUUUGGGAAAAAGUAAUUGAUGUACAAUAUUUUUAUCAGUGCAGCCCAGUAGGCUUAGGGUGAAAUAUUUUGAUAAAGUGAUCUUUUCAGUAUUGUUGUUGAUACUCACGAAGGAAAAGUCCACAAUAGCUUGAUUUUGAAUGGAAAGUGGUAA